GAAUUUUUUUACUAUGGCGGCGACCACCGUCAAGUACCGACAUAGAAAUUCUGAAUCAUAACUCAUUGCCCAAACCGAUGGCAGAGUCAUAGAUCGAGUCUCAAUCCAUAGCCAAAUGGCCACCAAGGUCAACUUCAAAACGACCUUCGAGGCUGCUAGGACAAUCGAACCAAUUUACACGGGAGGCGACAUUUCUCACAACGCGAAUGGCACCUUGAUCGCAACAUCUGUCGAAGAAGAUGUCUUAGUCGUUAGGGUCAAAACCGGGAAGGUCCUGUGUCGGAUAGAGGGCGACGGUGAAGCUGUGACAAGUUUAUCCCUGGCCCCAGAUGCAUCCUCUUUAGUCAUUUGUUCUCGAUCACUUUCACUUCGAAUAUACUCGAUCAACACCGAAGAGGAUUCUGCCACGCUUACUUCGAAUCUACUGCGUACUCUAAAGCCGCACAGUACCCCAGUUGUCUGCUCGGCCAUCGACAGUACUGGCUCGAUGUUAGCGACCGGAGGCGCGGAUGGGACUGUGAAAGUGUGGGACGUCAGAGGAGGCUAUGUAUCGCACACUUUCCAUGGACAUGGAGGCGUCGUGUCAGCGUUGAAGUUUUUCUCGACAAAAUCAGGGAAUGCAUCCAGCCAAGUGGCCGCAAAUUCGAGUCGAAAACGGAAGAUUCGCAAUGCUGAGCAGACGGAAGUGGAAGAGACGUCUGCAGGUCCGUCAAUCUGUCUAGCAUCUGGCGGUGAAGACGGCAAGAUCAGAGUGUGGAAUUUGGCUUCCCGAAACUCGAUCGCCACCCUUGAUUCACAUGUCAGCGUGGUCCGCAGUCUAGAGUUCUCAGAGCAGCAACAGCUUUUGCUGUCUGCCAAUCGUGAUCGAACACUGAUCCUAUGGGACACGCAAAGCUGGAAACAACAGAAAGUCAUUCCGGCCUUGGAAGUGCUAGAAACGGCAGGCUUUAUCGGGGACAGUCAGUAUUGCUAUGCGGGAGGAGAACAUGGCGUGGUGCGGAUAUGGGAUGCUCUUCAGGGGCGUGAAGUCACGACCAAGCAAAAGUCCGGACUCGAGAACGAUGCGAUUACAGCCAUCGUCCAUAUUACCGAGGGCAAUACUCUUCUCUCGAUACAUCAGGAUCAGACGAUGAGGGAGCGAAGCCUUUCGGGGCUGUGGGAUUUGGCCGACAACAAGUCGAUAGAACUACCUCUCCUCCGUACGAUAUCUGGUAACUACGAUGAAGUUAUCGACAUGGCUUGCGUCGGCCCUGGCAGAACAUUACUGGCUCUCGCCACGAAUACCGAAAGUAUCAGGUUGAUUUCGAUCAAUGAUGAUAGCAAAGAUGGGUCUAAGUCUUCAGAAACGACCCCAUUUGGAAAUGAUGUUGCCCUUCUAGAAGGACACGAAGAGAUCAUAAUAUGUUUGGAUGUUGACUGGUCAGGGUACUGGUUGGCAACCGGUGCAAAGGACAACACCGCCAGAUUAUGGCGAUUGGACCCAGCUUCGUCCACCUACAAAUGUUUCGCCGUCUUCGCAGGACAUGCAGAAUCGCUCGGUGCGAUAGCCUUGCCGAGAAGUCCUCCAGAUGACGGGCUUGCAGCGAAGAAACCUGCAGACUAUGCACCUGCAUUUCUGCUGACUGGUUCGCAAGAUAAGACCGUGAAACGGUGGGAGACGGCCAGGUUGAAGUACAGCAAGUCCAUGGCAGAACCUCAUUCUGGCGUCAAAGCCUUGUUUACGAGAGUGGCACAUGAGAAGGACAUCAACGCAAUCGACGUAUCUCCAAUCGCUCCUCUCUUCGCGUCGGCCUCCCAAGACCGUACCAUCAAGAUCUGGUCGCUUGAAGAUGGCUCAGUCGCUGGUAUUCUUCGUGGCCACAAACGAGGCGUAUGGUCUAUCCGCUUCUCCCCGGCGGGCACACCUCCACUCGCUCUUCCAGACGGGGGCUCGAGCGGCUCCCGUGGCCUGCUAGUCAGUGGCUCAGGCGAUCGCACAGUCAAGGUUUGGUCCUUAGCGACAUACACCUGUCUACAAACCUUCGAAGGCCACAGCAACUCUGUCCUGAAAGUCAUCUGGAUCCCGCCCAGCAAUUCACCCUCAGAAUCCGACACGGAGACUGAAAGCCGUCAAUCUCAAACAAACCAACCCUUGAUAGCAUCAGCGUCCUCCGACACACUCGUCAAGCUCUGGUCAGCCUAUUCCGGCACAGACUCGGACCACCUCCUCGCCACGCUCGACAACCACACUGACCGGGUUUGGGCCCUCGCAGCACCCAAUUCGUACUCGCAGACUCCAUCCAAAUCCCACGCAGCCUAUCCCUAUCCAUUAAUAUCCGGCGCUGCCGACGCGACCCUAACAUUCUGGCGUGACACCACCGUCCAAACCGCCACACUCGCCUCCAAGCGCGCGACCGAACGCAUCGAGCAAGACCAACAGCUCCAAAACCACAUUUUCGCCAAGAAUUACCGCGAAGCCAUCACGCUGUCUCUGGCGUUGAACCACCCGGGUCGCCUUCUCCGUGUGUUCGAAGACGUGGUCAAUCUCCCUGACGCCGAGAAAGAAACGUCCAGCGUAAUGGGCGUCAGGGCCGUUGACCAAGUCCUCGCCUCCCUCGACCAUCAGCAGAUCUUCACGCUGCUGGAGCGCGUGCGCGAUUGGAACACGAAUGCUCGAACCGCGACCGUCGCGCAAACAGUCCUAAACUGUCUGUUCAGAAGUUAUCCGGCGAGCAUGUUUGUGGAUAUGGCCAAGGAGCGCAAGCUCGGCGCCAGUGGGAAAGGUAUGAAAGAACUGCUGAGGGCGCUCGAAGUGUAUACUGAGCGCCACUAUAAAAGAAUGGAAGAGCUGGUGGACGAGAGUUACUUGAUUGAGUACACUUUACGAGAGAUGGAUGAAAUUUCGGGUAUUUCCGCCGGUUUCGACGGGAUACUGGCUAAUGGGCAUGAUAACGGGGAUGAAGAGGACUUUGUAAUGUUAUGAAGGGAGCAGGAGAAUAUCAUGAUAUUGGGCCGGGCUUUGUGUCACGGCUGCCUCAUCUUCUGUCUCGGUGGCGGCGGUCGCUGUCUCUGUCUCGAUCUCGAUUCCUAUCCCU